CUGGCGGUGGUGGCGGUGUCGGUUAAUCGUGGCCGGCGGUGCGACCGAGCUUUUCCCGCUCGUCAUUCAGCCGCCACGCAUUCCGCAAGUCAGUUACGGUCCCGCGAUGGGCACGUUGCGCACCUGCCUUUGUACACUGAUCUGGGUACAUGGUCUCGUCGACGCUAUAGACUCCAGACGACCGUGGUUCCCGGAACCGGUACCAAACGUGACCGUUAUCGUGGGAAAAGACGCCCUGCUCACCUGCGUGGUUCAGGACUUGCACCAUUUCAAGGUCGCUUGGGUUCGUGUUAGCACCCAAACCAUACUGUCUAUACACCACCGAAUGGUGACCGAAAAUGCAAGAAUAACGUUAUCUUACAAUGAUCAUCGGACGUGGUUUCUACACAUCCGCAAUGUACAGGAGACCGACAGAGGCUGGUAUAUGUGCCAGAUCAACACGGAGCCCAUGACAAGUCAAAAAGGAUAUCUACAAGUUGUCGUUCCACCGAAAGUGAUCGACGAAGAAUCCAGCAUGGAUCUCAUAGUGAAAGAAGGAUCAGACAUGAUUUUACAAUGUAAAGCCCGGGGAUAUCCCGAACCGUACAUAAUGUGGCGAAGAGAAGACGGGCAGGACAUAAACUACAACGGUAUCACAGUGAACGUGAUCGACGGAGAAAAGUUAAUGAUCAGAAAGAUCAGCAGAUUGCACAUGGGAUCUUACCUGUGCGUGGCUUCCAACGGGGUGCCGCCUACCCGCAGCAAGCGCAUCAACGUCACCGUACACUUUCCUCCGAUGUUGAUGAUUCCUAAUCAAUUAGAAGGAGCUCGAAUAGGGGUCUCUUCGAAACUGGAAUGCCACACGGAAGCAAAUCCUCCUUCCAUCAAUUACUGGACGAACGAACGCGGGGAUAUGAUCGUCUCCGGUUCAAGAUUUUUAGACGAUAAAAUCAGAACUGGAUACGUGUGCAAAAUGAUUUUGCACAUCUCAAACGUUAGUACUGAAGAUUUCAGUAGUUACAAAUGUGUAGCAGUAAACGCUCUUGGCGAGACUGACGGCAUCAUUAAACUCUAUGAAAUCACAACUGUCGUCGAAUCAUCCAACGAAGUAAUUUUUGAAGGUGGAAACUACAAGUACAGCGUCAAUGUCACCGAAGUAACAGAUUAUUUGGAUGGGACGACCGGUGCCAUUUAUGACAAUGUUACUAGCUACGUUUCAUCUAGUCAUACACUUGCUCAUAGUUUUAUUUUGUAUUUAAUAUUAAUAUCAAUUAAUGACAAUUUGUUAAAUAUUGUAUAAUGAGUAGUGAUUAAAUUUUAAAUAUGUAAUAUAAUAAUUCUUGUAUAAUUAUUCUACUGUGAACUUAUGUUUGAUUUGUUUUAAUUUAUUUAUUUGUUCAUUAUACAUGUAAACAGUGUCAAACACG